GAUGACAAUCAAAACAAAACCAGUGAAAAGAAAGAGAAAAAAAUGGUUUCUCAGAAACCCCAUGGUACCAUAGAAUAUACUGCUGGAAAUCAGGACACGAUAAACAGCAUAGCAUUAAAGUUUAACAUCACCCCAAACAAGCUUGUGGAGCUCAAUAAGCUUUUCACACAGACGAUUGUGCCAGGCCAGAUUCUCUUUGUGCCUGAAACAAGCACUGCCAGGCGAUCUUCUUUCAGUCCUCGUGCUCCUGUUUCUCCUUCAUCAUCAGAUGCUGAAUACGAUAAACUCCCUGAUGCUGAUUUGGCAAGAAAGGCCUUCAAACCAGUUGAGAGAGUCCUGUCCUCCACUUCAGAAGAGGAUGAGCCUGUGGUUGUCAAAUUUUUAAAAAUGAAUUGUCGUUACUUCACAGAUGGUAAGGGUGUAGUUGGAGGAGUCAUGAUAGUAACACCGAACAAUAUCAUGUUUGACCCACACAAAUCUGAUCCUCUGGUAAUUGAGAAUGGCUGUGAAGAAUAUGGGCUCAUCUGCCCCAUGGAGGAAGUUGUCUCAAUAGCACUCUACAAUGACAUUUCUCACAUGAAGAUUAAGGAUGCGUUGCCAUCUGACAUACCAAAGGAUCUUUGUCCUCUGUACAGGCCAGGAGAAUGGGAAGACCUGUCCUCUGAGAAAGAUAUCAAUCCCUUCAGCAAAUUCAAAUCCCUUAGCAAGGAAAAGAGGCAGCAGAAUGGGAGUCCAUCCAUUGCUCUGGGUGCCAAACAGACAAAGCCUUCUGAUGAGGAAAAGCCUGCUGAUUUUGAAGUUCUUCAGUCGUCUGAGAGUACAGGCUCAAUCAAGUCAAAGUCACUGGAGUUUCCCAACAACAUCACUGCCACCGAACACUUGGAGAAAUUUGCUGUGGAUCCGUGUGCCACGGAGCCUUCUGCAGAAAAAAAUGCUUCAGAUAUCAAAACCAAAGAAAAAUCCGUUUUGAGAGAAGGAGAAGAUGGCUUCACUGAGCUGGAAAAGAUGCCAUCUCGUAUGGAUAGGGGGUUGGACAGGAAAAUCUCAGUAAUGGAAGGCUUGUUGGCUGACCCCAAGGAGUUGGGGAGAACUAAGCAGCAGGUAACCAAACACACUACAGAAGUCCAGGAGCACUUGACAGUUGAUUCCUUGGAAAAAAAGGACAGUGUUGAACCUAAAGCUGACUUAGACUUAGAGCUGUGUGAAAAGCAAGAUAUUAUUCCAGAAGUAAACAAAUGUGUCAGUUCCCCGACAGGUAAGGUGGAGACUGCAUUGGACACUAAGAAAGAGCUAGAGAAAGAUAAACUUAUUGAAUUUUACCUCAGUAAAGAUGGGAAUGGGUCUCAGUCAUCUGAAGACUUGCACAAGGCUGAAAUCCAGAAAGGUGAAAACAAUAAAGCAGUUGGCAUAGACCUUACACUUAGCUGUUCAAAGUCCCAAGCUAAUGAAGUCCAUACAAUUAAAAGUAUGGAGCUUGAUUCAAAGGCACCUUCAUUAGAAAUCAGCUCAGCAGCAGCAGAGGAAAAGAAUCUGAAAGAGUCUGUGGACUCUUCAUUAGUACCAGCUAUAGACAAGACCUGUCAAGACACACAGUUAGACAAUCAAUCAGAAAUCAGACUGUGGCUGCUGCAGAAAAUUCAAGUGCCAAUUGAAGAUAUGCUUCCUUCAAAGGAGGAGAAGAGCAAGACUCCUCCAAUGUUUCUGUGCAUUAAAGUAGGCAAGCCCAUGAGAAAGUCCUUUGCAUCUCAAAGCACCACCAUGUCUCAACAGUACAGUAAAAAGAUAAAGCAACCAGAGUACUGGUUUGCUGUUCCUCGGGAAAGGUAA